GUUACGCAUGUGAGCGAUGGUCUGUCAUGACUGAUUACAGCACAACUGCGUAGCAACCACUACAUAAGAUGCUAUCUUGUAAACCUUUGGACUCACGUCCAAGCCCCGGUCAACCUGCAUAGGGCCAGCUGAUAUCUGUGGACAGGCAAAGUGGUGGACAACUGACCAGUCGGUAAAGAACGUUCGGGAUCUGACUGUACCUAUCAAAGACAUGGCGAAAUCGGAAGUCAGAAAUGUCUUGAUUGCAAUGGACGGAAGUGACAUCGCCGUUCGCGCGUUUGAUUGGUACGUCAAAGAGAUUUACAGACCUCACGACCACGUGAUUUUUGUCCACUGCCCUGAACACAGAGCAUCCAUUCAAUCAGUAAUGAUGGGUGACAGCCUGACGGUGGAGGCUGAGUUGGCAGCCGUGUUGGCGGAGGAGGCAACGCGAAUCAAGUCCAUGGUAGCUGAACUCGGAGAGAAGCUGAAAAAGGCCAAGAUUACCGGGAAGGUGAAGUGCGUGUACGGGACACCAGGGGAGGUAAUCGUGCAGGUCGCGGAGGAUGAGAAGGCGGAGCUCAUCAUCACAGGGACGCGCGGAUUGGGGGCGAUACGGCGGACAUUUUUAGGCAGCGUCAGUGACUACGUCGUACAUCAUAGUAACGUCCCCGUACUCAUCUGCCGUCACUAGGACCAGACAUUACACAAGUCUGCAUUGCCAAGUACAGUACCACACAGUGGUACCCAGAGUCUGAAAAGACCGAAAAGUGGAAUAUGUGAGGCUCUUUAUGUGCCGGACAAAGGAAGAGCACAGCUGAAAAUUGGAUUUGACAAAAGAACGUUUUCAAAACGUUACUAGGCUGAAAACGAACGCCGAAGCACUGCAAACAUAAGCCCAGAACAUCACCUACAGCUGUAAGAAACACUAUCAAGUAAUAAUUACUAUUUCUUUUCAUUUUAGACAUAUACAUAGAUGUAUACUUUCUUUUACCCAUCAGCAUAUAUAAGCUGUCGUAGUGUUUAUACACCCUUACCCAUAUGCGCCCAACCCGAGUCUCUCUUAUUCCUGUAAAUAGGAUGAAAUUCGGGGAUGCGGAUGGAAAUCUCAUUGAAAUCCGAACUUCCACAGCUCUGCAUCUCACACACUGGGGUUGUAUCGAA